GGGUGUAUGUGUAAAAUCGAGAUUAUGUUCCUUUUCUAAUCUUCACGAAAAAAUUUUUUUUCAGAUGGGAAAGAAUAACAGCAAAUUUAAUCGGAAUAGUAACACAACCGGCGGAAGGACAACAACCACAGAACAAUUAACAAAUAAAAAUUCUUCGAAUUGUGGGGGAGGUGUUGAACAAGAAACAGAAAAUGUGCCAAUAGGGAAUGGGUCAAAUAAUAAUUUAAAUAAUGGAGAUAACAAUAAUAAUAAACAAAAACAACAACAAAAUGGUGGGGGGAAUAGAAGAUUAAAAAAAGAAAAAAGAAAAAAAGCAAAUAAAAAAUUAACACCCGAAGAAUUAAGCGAUUUGGAACAAAAAACUUAUUUUACAAGAAAAGAAUUGAGAAAGUGGUAUAAGGAUUUUGUACGUGACUGCCCUACAGGAGAAUUAAAGCUUGACGAAUUCCAAAAUAUUUAUCGCCAAUUUUUCCCAAAUGGAGAUCCCUCAAAAUUUGCAGCCUUUGUUUUUAAUGUUUUUGAUGAUAAUAGGGAUGGACAUAUUUCAUUUAAAGAAUUUAUUGCAGCACUCUCAAUUACUUCGAGGGGGACAUUAGAUGAAAAAUUAGAAUGGGCAUUUUCUCUAUAUGAUGUAGACAAGGACGGUUUUAUUACAAAGGCAGAAAUGGCAGACAUUGUCGAUGCAAUUUAUAGCAUGAUAGGGAAUAUGUUGGAAUUACCCAAGGAUGAGGAUACUCCCCAAAAACGAGUGGAAAAAAUAUUUGCAAAUAUGGAUUUGAAUUUUGAUGGUAAACUCACAAGAGAAGAAUUUAAACAAGGCUCCAAAAAUGAUCCAUGGAUUGUCCAAGCAUUAACAAUGGAUAUGAAUAAUGGUGAAGAAGUAAUAAGCCAAAAAGCAUAAAAAAAUAGAAGAAUUCUUUUUUAAAAUUAUUCCGCCGGUUUGACAAAAAUUUCUUAAAAAUUAAUUUUUAAAUUUAAAGUUUGUCCAUUUUUGGGAAUUUCAUUUUAAUUGUUUUUUUGUAUAUAUUUUUCAAGCAUUCCAUUUUUAGUUAGAAUUUUCACGAAAUGAAGCUUUGCCCCCUUUUCUCCUAACACUAGGGUUGGCGGUCCUGGGAUUUUUUAAAAAUAUUUUUUGGAUAUUCGGCCUUCUUUGGAUUCGGAUCCGCCAACCUCUAAUCCUCCUAUCUAUUGUU